CCCAAAUUAAAUUCCACUCCGUAUACCAUCAAAGCCCCGCCCCCCUUUCUUCAACUGCCGCUUCACUUGCUUCUAUUCAUUUUCACACUGCGACUCUAUACUUUCUCUCGCCCCUUCCAGAAAUGCCCCCGCAGACCAGAAGAACGUCCUUCCCCAAAGUGGUGAUCGAGCGCGACACGGACUCCGAGGAAAGCUCGUCGGAAGAAGAAGAUGUCGAUAACGGCUCGGUACAGGAAUCAGAAUCAGAAUCAGAAGAAGGAGAAGUGGAGGAAGCUAAAGUAGAAGGCGUUGAAGAGAAAGUAGAAGACGUCUCGUCGUUGAAGAAGACAGGGAAACAGCCGAUCACUAUUAGUCUCAAGAAAGUCUGUAAGGUGUGUAAGAGAACUGGCCAUGAAGCAGGGUUCAAGGGAGCAACCUACAUUGACUGCCCAAUGAAGCCGUGUUUUCUCUGCAAAAUGCCUGGGCAUACAACAAUGUUUUGUCCACAUCGGGUGGCAACGGAAUUUGGUGUCGUGCCAGCACCACGUAAAAACAUGCAAAAUCCUUUGGAAUAUUUUUUCCUGCGCCAGCUUCAACCCCGCAUUCAUCCUAUCAAGCCAGCAUUUGUGAUCCCAGAUCAAGUGCAUUGUGCUGUUGUUAGAUAUCACAGUAGACGAGUUACAUGCUUGGAGUUCCACCCUACUAACAGCAAUAUUCUUUUAUCUGGUGAUAAGAAAGGACAACUUGGAGUCUGGGAUUUUGUGAAAGUACAUGAGAAGACAGUUUAUGGAAAUAUACAUGGUUGCAUACUUAAUAAUAUGAAGUUCAGUCCAGCAAAUGAUGGAUCAGUAUAUGGUGCAUCUUCAGAUGGAACAGUUAGUUGCACUGAUCUAGAGACUGGAAUUUCAUUGUCAUUGAUGAACCUUAAUCCUAAUGGGUGGCAGGGACCAAGCACUUGGAGGAUGCUUUACGGGUUGGAUGUAAAUCCAGAAAGAAGUGUUGUUCUCAUUGCCGAUAAUUUCGGAUACCUCUAUAUGAUUGACAUGCGAAGCAAUGAAGUAAUUGGUGAACCACUUUUGAUUCACAAGAAGGGUAGUAAAGUUGUUGGUCUGCACUGCAAUCCUUUUCAACCAGAUAUACUGUUGAGUUGUGGAAAUGACCACUUUGCACGUAUUUGGGACAUGCGUCAGUUGAAAGCUGGAUCUUCUCUUUGCAGCCUUCCACACAAGCGUGUUGUUAACUCCGCAUAUUUUUCCCCACAAAGUGGUAGCAAAAUACUUACUACUUCACAGGAUAAUCGAAUCCGUGUGUGGGAUUCAAUAUUUGGGAACCUUGAUACUCCAAGCAGGGAAAUUGUUCACAGUCAUGAUUUCAAUCGACAUCUUACUGCUUUCCGAGCAGAGUGGGACCCAAAAGAUCCUUCAGAGUCCCUUGUUGUCGUUGGCCGUUACAUAAGUGAAAACUAUAAUGGAACUGCCUUGCAUCCUAUUGAUUUUAUAGAUAUCACCACAGGCCAGUUAAUUGCUGAAGUGAUGGAUCCUAACAUAACAACUAUCAGUCCCGUGAAUAAGUUGCAUCCACGUGAUGAUAUUCUAGCAUCGGGUAGUUCAAGGUCUCUUUUCAUUUGGAGGCCUGCUGGGGAAUCUGAGCCUGGACAGCAAAGAGCGGAGGAGAAAAUUGUAGUUUGUGGAAAAGCUGCUGAUGCAAAGCGGAAGAAAUUUGGUGCUGACAGUGAUGAUGAAUCUGAUGGCGACAUGUUCCCCAGCAAUGGUAAGAACAUUAAGAACAAGAAAGUUGCUUUAAAAUCUACUAAAUACAGUAUCAAGAAGAAACGUUGAACUUCAGCACCAAUGAAUGAUCUCCCAAAAUGCAAACUAGAAUUAACUUUGUGCAGUUAUCUGUAUAGUUUUCUUAUCCUCCUGGAUAUUUUCCUUUUUGUACUGUGGGUCACCUUGAUCAUCUUUUGCUUAGCUGUAGACUUUUGUAGUAUGCAAGCUGACCCAUACUGAUCAGUGAUGGCUAAUUUAAUACUGAUUUUGGAUUAA